ACCUCUUUCUGGCGCACUGGUUAUUAUAUUUUCAAGCUAGAUGAUGUCAGACAACGCAGAAUCUCCCACAGAUCCACAAAAAGAAGAAUCAUCUACACAGCAAACUACAAAUGUCGCAGCAGACUCCGGUGACUCUGCAAAGACGGAGGAGAAAAAAAAGAUCGAUGUCCUGUUAAAGGCAGUAGGAGACACUCCCAUUAUGAAGACUAAGAAGUGGGCAGUAGAGAGAGGGAGGACUGUUCAGUCUCUCGCUCAGUUCAUCUCACGCUUUCUUAAACUUGAGCCCAGCGAACAACUGUUUAUUUAUGUCAAUCAGUCCUUCGCUCCAUCACCAGAUCAAGAAGUGGGUGUCCUUUUCGAUUGUUUUGGCAGCGAUGGGAAACUUGUUCUUCAUUAUUGCAAGUCACAAGCCUGGGGAUGACCUCUCAAUGUUUUACACACACACACACACACACACACACACACACAUAUAUACACACAUAUACACACACACACA